AUGCUUCUCGAGCGGCUCAAUAUUCCCUACAAGAUCUUCGAGGCAAACGAUGGUCCUGGUGGCCGGCUCUACACAUACCGCUUUCCCUCGGAUCCUGUUACCAGUCCGCCUGGGCAACACGACUACUACGAGGUCGGCGGCAUGCGCUUCCCCGACAAUGCCGCCAACCAGCCAACGUUCGACCUCUUCAAGGAACUUGGAUUCAGUUUCCGGACUGAAGAGAACCCUGAUGGAGAGCUGAUCCCUUUCGUAUACGGCAAGGAUGACAAUAUCCGUCACUUUAACAGUGAAGGCUUCACAGAUAUGCAGGACACCGACUCUCAGGGAAAUGUAUAUCGUGGAGUAGAUGCAUGUUUUUUCAAAGCUUUCAACGACCUUCGCACGAAGCUUCUUGAAAAUUUCGACGAGGCAUGGCCAGCGCUUCUCCAAGAAUGGGGUUGGGCUUCGACGCGUUCCUACCUAUCGCAGGCGAAAGAGUUGAGGUUCCCUGAUACCGUUAUAGACUGGAUCGAGAAGCACAAGUCUGGAACAGGCCGCUAUGCGCGGUCUGUAGUCGAAGAAGUGCUUGAAUCCAUCACGUUCGACCACCCUAGGUCCGAAAAGCUUGACUGGUGGUGCAUCGAAGGGGGCAGCGAAGUCUUGAUCAACAAGAUGCUCUUGAAGGUGACGAACCCGCCGUCUUACAACCACCGCGUAACGGCCGUCUCGGAGGAGUUUUCCUGGCAGAAUCCACUUAGGCGCAUGAAGGUCAGCGUUCAGGACAAGGAAGAUGAAUACUUCUCCCAUGUCGUUUCGACUGUCACAUUUUCCGUCCUCCGCACCAUCAACACAGCCGGUGUGAACAUGAACUUCAAUCAGCGAGAGGCGAUGCGAGCUCUCAACUAUGGCCAGUCGAUCAAAGUUGGGAUCAAGUUCAAGACGCGUUGGUGGGAGCAGGAUAUAGCCAAGGCCCCACAGGUGGGAGGCGCUAGUCGCACGGACAGGCAGGUCCGCGUUGUUGUAUAUCCUAGCUAUGGGUUGAACGAGACGGGCCCGGGUGUGUUGAUGGUCUCGUACAAUUGGGAUCAAGAUGCUGCGCGUUUCGGUUCUCUCAUGAGGAACACCGAGUCCCGCUCCGAACAGCCCAAACCGGACCGCUCUCGCACGCCAUGGGAGAGGAUACUUCUCGAUCAGAUAUACCAAGACCUUGCAGUAUUGCACACCCCGGACAACUCCAACCCGGAGGACGUGAAGGCAUUUAAGCAGAUGUUGAUCCAGGAUACGCUCGACUUCCACGCAUUCGACUGGUAUAACAACCCUUUCACCAUGGGCGCCUUUGCGCAGUUUACGCCUGGGCAAUUCAGUACCCUGUAUGCAGAUAUUCUACAGCCCGCUGGCUUUUACGGAAAUUUCCAUUUCGCGGGCGAGCUCGCCAGCCACCACCAUGCGUGGGUUGCCGGGGCGCUGGAUUCUGCUGCGCGCGUGGCUUGUCAUAUCGAAAUGGACCAGCGUUCGAGGACCCAUCCAACACUGGGCGGGGAGCCCAUCAAACUCAAACGCGGGGUUUCUCCCUUGCCAAAGAGCUUGGUUUUCGACUCUCAGGAAGUUGCGGACAGCUGGCACGUCUUUGGUUUGGUGGAAGAGGCGUAAGGCUGAGCUCACUCUGUCGCAUGAGCCUUGAGGGACAACAAAGCAUUUUGAAUUUCGGGAAUAUAUUACAAUGUACAGUAGGACUAUGUGAAUAGUGUUAUGAUGAGCA